AUGGCCAGGCCGAACCAACAAACUACCGCCCAACCCAGCGGAUAUGGUAACACAAUCCCAACAUCAUAUCAAAAUGGAGUUGCCAACACAGUCCCAACAUCAUAUCAAAAUGGAGCUGCCAACACAAUCCCAACAUAUCAAAAUGAACUUUUUAGCGCAGCACAACAGGUGUCGACUUCCACACUGGCUACAGGGACUGGGGACACGGUAAUGAGUACUGAAACCAGAGAUCCUCCCCUGUUCAAGAAUCAUGUUCCAUUACAUUGGUCGAUCUAUGAUGAUUACAUCGUGUCUCGUCAGCAAGAGGAACGUGUUGUCACUACUACCAUUGAUGCUGUCAAACAGAUGAGUGUCUCAGAUCUACCACCAUUACAUGAUCCUCCUCUACUUGAAGCUACAGAGGAUCUCACAAAUUUUCCUUAUUUAAAUGAACUCGUAGCUAGGUACACAGCUGCUAGACAAAUUCACACCUAUCUUGAAAUUGUUCUAUUAGCUGUCACACCGUUUGUAGCAGCUUAA